UUACGCGUGUUGUACGUUCUCGUUGCUGUCUAUGACCAGCUGGGAUGUUUCUGACUACAAGGACCUAAAAGCAGCUUGGCUUGUGGAAUCUCUGUCUGUCGGGGGUCCCUGUUUAGGGGGCUGCAAUAAACACAAGAGGCUGGGCAAAGGCAGAGACCGGGGUCGUGUAAAACACGAAGAAGCAGACAGAGCUAAACAUCGCAACGGGAGAAAAUGCAUCAGAAUUACAUGUAUUGAAAAUUGAAAAUUGAAAAUACAUGGAUGGAUGCAGCUCUCGUAUCAUUUUAAUGAUACGGUAGUAAUAGUAAUAAUAAUUACAUGCUGAGAUGACGUGUCCGUUAUACAAGAACAGCAGAUAAGGGAUGCAGUAACCUCGCCAACAUAAACAUUUGGAUAAUUUGGCAAUGAACGCUGUUAUUACUCAAACAGACAGACCGCACUGAGUGCAGUUUUGAAAGGGAUUCUCCCAUCGCUGCGUUCUGUGUACCGGAGAGAACGAGCACAGCUCUGAGGAGUAAAGAACCAGAGCACUGUGCUGAAUGUCCUGCAGCAGUCGAAACACCAAACAACAUUUCAUUAAGCAGUCCACACACGAGUACGACAAUACACACGAGAAAGCAGCCCCUUCCCUCUCUCUCAGUGUCUCUCUCUCUCUCCUUCAUCUUGAUAUACCUCACAUAUACGGCUACAUAUCAAUAGUCACCUUGGCAACCAGUCUCUCUGUGAGCACUCUCAGCUGUGAAAGACAGAGAGAGGACCAAGAGGAAGAUGUGAUGUUUGAAGCAGGGAGGAACAUGGAUUAGCACGCAGCACGCCUGUUCUGAUCUCCAACAGCAGCCAAACUAAACAACAGAAAGCAACAAACAAGCUCCUACACAGCAUUGUGUGGGGACGAGGGCCGGGUGAUAAUCAGAAGCAAGGCAGCUGUCUGGGGGACCAUCUACUGGCUGAGGGAAGAGGACAGACAUUCUUCUCUUUUAACGAAAACCGAAGGAAAGCACAGUGAUGCAGGGAGAAUCACAGAGGUGCUGUGAGGAGAGUGAGAGGUACUGGACAGCGUCUGUCUGUAUUUAGCCACCGUGUCAGAGAAAAAGAGGCCCCAGGGCCAGCGGAGGAAUUAACAGAGAAAAUGAAGCAAACUAAAAAACAAGCCAGGCUUUGAAAACAGAUGGGGAAGGUAGCUGACCUUUUCUGUGAAAUGAAAGCAUUUUUUAAUAAGGCCCCUGUACAGAUACUGUUCAAGUGACAACCAGGAAGUCUAGCCGGGACUCCUGCCUGCAGAGGGCAAGGUGCUCAGGACUGUUCUGCACUCAAGCUCCUUUUCACAACAUACCAGUGUCGGCUGAGUGGGCUUGUAGUCAGUGGAAGCUAAGAAGAGUUCUUCAACUACAGUGAGACAGGCGGUUGGAUAUAGCCAAUCAGUCGGGACAGCCCAGCCAAUUAGUGAAGCAGGUAAAAACGCAGCAGUGAAGAAAGAGAGAGUAGCCUGUCAGUGGCUAGCAGGGGGAGGCAGUGUGUCCCCACUGUGUCCCACUAUGCGGUGUUCUCUGCGGAUGUGGGUGCUGCUGGCAUCUCUUGCGCUGCUGUUCUUCUCCUCGCUCCUCUUCUCAUUGUCGCUGCGAGGGGCCAGCCUGCCCUAUCUGGACCCUCCCGGCUGGGAGAUGGCUCACAGGGUCAAACUGGUGCCCAGCUAUGCAGGCAUCCGGAGGCUGGACUUGCCAGAGGGGGCGCUGCAGCGGACCUGUGCCUGCGAGAGCUGCGUGGGGGACCCUGGCGUGUCAGACUGGUUCGACGAAAACUACGACCCCGAUAUCUCGCCCGUCUGGACCCGUGACAACAUCCAGCUGCCUCUGGAUGUCUACUAUUGGUGGGUGAUGCUUCAGCCGCAGUUCAAGCCGCACAACAUGCAGCAGGUCCUGUCCAAGCUAUUCGAGGUGAUCCCGGGACACAGCCCCUAUGGCUCAUGGGACCCAUCCCGCUGCCAGCGGUGCGCAGUUGUGGGGAACUCAGGGAACCUGCGGGGAGUGGGCUAUGGUAGCCUCAUUGAUGGCCACCAGUUCAUCAUGAGAAUGAACCUGGCUCCCACACUGGGCUACGAGGAGGACGCUGGCAGCCGCACCAGCCACCACUUCAUGUACCCCGAGAGCGCCAAGAACCUGCCUGCCAAUGUGAGCUUUGUGCUGGUGCCCUUCAAGACACUGGACCUGCUAUGGAUCACCAGCGCCCUCUCCACCGGGCAGAUUCGCUUCACCUAUGCACCAGUGAAGCAAUUCUUGAGAGUGGACAAAGACAAGGUGCAGAUCUAUAACCCGGCGUUCUUCAAGUACAUCCAUGAGCGCUGGACGAAGCACCACGGCCGCUACCCCUCCACCGGCAUGCUGGUCCUGUUCUUCGCACUGCACGUGUGUGACGAGGUGAAUGUGUUUGGGUUUGGUGCCGACAGCCGGGGAAACUGGCACCAUUACUGGGAACAGAAUCGAUACGCCGGUGAAUUCAGAAAAACAGGGGUCCACGACGCAGACUUCGAAGCCCAGAUAAUCAACUCACUGGCCGAGGCCGGCAAGAUCCGAGUGUUCCGAGGGAAGUGAGCAGCCAGAGCGGGAGGGGGGGUCUUGUGACAAAUAGAGGAAGAAAACACUGAUAGGACUGUUCUUGAACUCCAGUGUGGGAGCGGAGGGUUGUCACGACACGAACAGGAAAGUGCAUUGCUGAAAGUGGACAGCUUUUCAAAAGAUGUCUUGGCUCCUCAGAUAAUCGUUGAUUCCAUAGCCGCAGAGGAUUCACUCUUCUAUCAUCGUGCGCUCCUGCUCAGCCAAUAAAACCCCAAAGGUCUUGUUACAUGAUGAUGUGACCCUCAGCUCUCUUGCUGUUUCCUCUGUUGGGCGGCUCACAGGUUCUGAGGGAGGCAGGGUUGGCAUCACUGCCUGACACAGACUCAGCACCUGCUUCUCAUGCAGGCCCGCACAAAACACAUCCCUGGAACACACACUAGGGGGAGCUGUGUUCAUCUGCAAUCAUAUUCUUCAAACCAGAAUCAUUUCUUAAAACAUGUAUCUUUUAAAUACAGUACCUUUUACUAGAAGUCAUAUCAGUGUAAACUCAACAAGCUGUGCAAUGAGCCCAUUGACCAGACCAAUGACUGGAUUAGCGCUACACCAUUGAAUAUUAAUCAAUAUUUAGUUGUUUUUGUGUAUUGCCUGUGGUGAUACAAAAGCAUUACAAUGUGAGACCUGCAGCUGCCCCCUAGUGUCUGUUUUUGGGAUCCCCCACGCUAGAAGCUGCACUACUGAAAUUAUCAAAUUUGUGUUAAAAGAUAACUCAGAAAUGUCUUAUUACUUUUCAGUAUUUCAGAUCUGAGAACUAUGUAUAUAUAUCAGUAAAUCAGCUAAAUGAACAUUUCAGAUAAUACCUCUUGCAGCAACCCAGUCUACUUUACAUUGUUGCUUAUAGUUGAACAUUUUGCUUUACAAGUGUUAUUCUUUGUUCAGGUCUGGAUCUCAAACAGAAACAAGCAUGUUCCUCCAAUACCCUGUGCAUAACAGCAUGAGCACUGGCUAGAUUUAAACUGUAUCUAUUGUGAAAGAUUUCACUUAAUAUAGGUUUGUUUCACUAUCCCCGCUCCUGAAGCUGUGUCUAUGGAUUCUAUAAACACUGUGAGCAUUGGAACCACGGGCUGGCUGGGCGCAGCUUUGUAAUCUCACUUCAGUAUUGAUUGCUUUGAACAAAAAUGCUUAUUAUUUCUGAGACUGUGUGUGUUUGUGUAAGUCAUGAUUUUAAAAGUAGUACUUCUGAUCUGGAUCUCCACUGGCCUGCUGUACUGCAGCUAUCUAUUGAAACUAGAGUGCCUUCUCAAAUCUCUGAACACAAAUGACAGGCAAAUAUCCUGACCAUUCUCUUGAGCAGACCAGACUCAAUUUUUUCAGUACUUGAAACAAAGCGAAGACUCCCAGUUAUCAUGCAGUUACAUUUAAUGAACAUGAACUUGUCCAAAAGGUGUUCUUUUAAAUAAACAGAAAAUACUUCGAUCACCCUCCAAAAAGUAUUGGGGCGGAUAAGUAAGUCAGGGGAGGGGGGUUAGUGUUGCCUUCCUUAUGGACUAUUAUGUACAGCGAUCAGGACGUUUUCAAUGUCCCUGCGACCCGCCUGCAGGAUUGUGCUUGGAAGGUAGAGCCCCGGAAUGGUGUCUCUUCUUAAUGUGAAGGCUGUUGAACCACUGCUGGCCCCCAGGCUUCUCUUCCACAAUGAGGUCUCCCCAUACCCUGAAGCACUGAGCAGCAUUGCCAUGCCACCCAAGGGAUCUUUGAGUGCCAGCAGCAAUUAAUCUACAACGUUAAACACCCCAGUGCCUCUUUACAAAGUUUCCCUUCUGAACUAAGAAGUUUCUACUUUUGUUCGGAUGUAACAUCAGAGUGGUUAAAGUUGUGGAUGAAUGGACUCCCUUACAGUGCAGCUGCAUGCCUUUUCUUUCAAGAGAACUUGUCUGGCCAUCAGCUUACUGCUGCCCCCCUUGGCAGGUGCCAUUUGGUAUCAGAAUAUUUGAAUGUGUUUCUGUUGUGCAGAGAGCAGGCAGUGCGGCUCAGUGGUCUGGUUCCUGCUGCCGCUUGUGAUACAGCACUACACCUUGUAGCUUGCCCAGGGUUUCAAUGCUGUAUCAGUGCUGUAAACAUCUGGAGCCAAGAGGCUUUCGGGAUGUAGUACUAGCACGAGCACGCAGUACUGUAGCAGCAAGCGUCUGCAAGGAUUCUGGAUUCCGAAAGAGAACCGUUUCAAAUGCUUCGGGGGCCUGAGGGAAAACAGUUAAUGACAGGAUUGAUGUCCAAAUGAGAACAUCCUCUUUCAGGAUUUUCUAAAUAAACUUGCUGACAAAGCCCCCUAGCAUCGCUCUGGUCAGACCUGAAUGAACGUGUGCCUUGCAGGUGUUGCACCUGAAGAGUUAGACAAAGACACACCCAGGAGUCACAGGAAGACACGUAAACUCAUUCUCCUGUUACUUUCUUGCUCAGUUCACUGUGCUUUCAGAAGACAUUUCUAAUCUCUGCAACACUCAAAGGCACUCCUAAACCUGCGCAAUACAAAUCACCAAAAUUGUUUCCUUCAAAUAAUCUCUUGAAAUUCUAGUCACAAAGAUUUGUAGCCAAACCCCUUUCUCAAGUACACCAGCACUUCAGUACUUUGAAGUACAGCACAUUUAGAAUUAUAUAUAUAUAUAUUCUUAAACACAACCUGUGAAAAGCUGUAUCAUGUUUAAUAAACUGUGCUUUAUCUCCCUUUUAUACCUAGCAGAUUAUAUGUGCUGUAAGGAUGUUUUUUAUCUAGUACUAUUGUAAAGAAAUAAAGAAAUGAAUCCAGGA